AUGAAGUCCUUCACUCUCCUCGCUCUUGCUACUGUGCUCCCAUCCGCACUGGCCGCGGCUUUCGCUGCUCCUGCUUCUCCUUUCGACAAGAGGUCCUGCUCCCCUAGCAGCUGCCUCUGCAACGGUAUCCAGGGCCAGUUCUGCGGCGAUGAAUCCAUCAACGCUGACUGCCUGGAUACCCAUGUCUACGAAUGCCAGUCGGGAACGGGCUAUGCAUGUGAUUACGGCUACCGGGACUCCUGCGCCAGCUGUGGCUCUCUCUCCUGCUAAAUUAUCUUUGACUGUCUCGUCAGGGUUUGAAUUGUAGCCAUCGAGGCUUUCCAUUCAACGUUCGGUGCAUCUACUUCAUUCUUUCCUUAAG